CUCGGCGAUUGGCCGGAGGGGGAACAGAUCUGAACCCUGGGGAGCAACACCACACCCAACUCAAAGUAUAUGAGUGUUGUUCAAAACAUAUUAUUCUCUUUCUCUGUUUGUUCCUAUUGAGGAUUAAACAACUACAGGCUGAAAACUUGUGAAGAUGAACGCCUACACGACUCCCUCGCCUCUGACUCAAACAUCGACUGACACAUAUCCAACUUAUUCAGACCUUGUGACCAAGAUUGGAAGGAAGGAUAUCUACAGCAGCACAGAGGAUUUUGCAGCCUUAAUAGGAGGUAUCAUCUCCGUUGUGCUGCUGGUCUUUCUCUGUACAAUCGCCAUUUUGCUCUGGUGUUUAUCCAGACAAAAAGGCUCGUAUGUCACCAACGAGUCGGAUGAAGAGAAUGAUGAGGUCCUCAACGAAGAAGACGAGUCUGUCGGCUCUGAUGUGGCGCUUCAGUCUAAGGAACCUCUAAAGACCAACAAAGACGACUGAUGGGGAAAAAACAUAUCCUCCAAACAUAAAUUCAACUUAAGAACUGAUGAGAUUUUUCAAAUGAAAGAACAGAUAUGUAAGAUAAUGAAUAUUCUUUAUGAGUUGCUUAUUUUGUAAACCUUUUACUUUAUAAAGCCCCAUGAAAAGGUACUGAGACAUGGCUGGUUGUUAUGUAACACUUUCUGCUGAUUUAGUUUGAUUAAUUCUCUGUGCAAAUAAACUAUUUUAUCGGUGUAUUUUAA